GGAAGUGGUUGUUGGCCGCUGCAGGGCAACACCCCGGCGUCCCUGGAAGCUGGGAGCCGGGGUGGUGCCUGGGAAGCUGCGCAGAGUCGGGAGCAAUCGCCCAGAGCCUCCUGGGGUGGGGGACAGGCAUUUGAGCCCAGACCAAUCAUGGCCGGAAGACCCAUCCGCAUAGGAGACCAGCUGGUUCUGGAGGAAGAUUACGAUGAGACCUACAUUCCCAGUGAGCAAGAAAUUCUUGAAUUUGCCAGAGAGAUUGGGAUUGACCCCAUCAAGGAACCGGAACUGAUGUGGCUGGCGCGGGAGGGCAUUGUGGCCCCUCUGCCCGUGGAGUGGAAACCAUGCCAGGACAUCACAGGUGAUAUUUACUAUUUUAACUUUGCCAACGGGCAGUCCAUGUGGGACCAUCCAUGUGACGAGCACUAUCGGAACUUGGUGAUCCAAGAGCGAGGGAAGCUGUCAACUUCUGGGGCCAUUAAGAAGAAAGAGAAGAAAAAGAAAAAGGAAAAGAAAGACAGGAAGGACAAAGAGACCUCCAGAAGUCCCCUGGCCCUGGGCUCCUCGUUAGCCCCAGUCCACAUUCCUCUUGGGGGCCUGGCUCCGUUAAGAGGCCUUGUGGAUGCUCCACCCUCUGCCCCUCGUGGAUCUCAAAAUGUGAGCCUGGGGAGCUCAGUGGAGUCCGGUCAACUCGGAGAACUCAUGCCGCCUUCACAGGGUCUCAAGACUUCUGCUUAUACAAAGGGUCUCUUGGGCUCCAUCCAUGAGGACAAGAAUGCUCUCAGCCUCUUGGCUUUAGGGGAGGAGACCAACGAGGAGGAUGAAGCGGAAAGUGACAACCAGAGUGUCCGCAGCUCAAGUGAGCUUCUUAAGAACCUGCACCUGGACAUUGGGGUGCUGGGGGGCGACUUUGAGUAUGAGGAGUCCCCAAGAACAAGCCAGCCAGAGGAGAAGAAGGACAUUUCUCUUGAUUCAGAUGCUGCCAGCCCCCCUACUCCCGGCAAGCUCUUCAGCCAAGGUGCAGACAGCAGCCUGAGCAGUGCCGAUGGCAAAGGGCGACAGGGAAGAGGGGCAAGUUGGCUCCCAGAAAAAGAAAAGAAUGAGAAGAGUGAUCCUGGGACAUCCAGGAGUCUGGUGACCCUCGGGGUGGACCCUGGGGGCGAUCAGCCUGCCAAAGCCAAGAAAAAAGAAGCACCAGAGGACCUGGUAGAUGCAGGAGAGGAGGGUUCCAGGAAGGAAGAGGCAGCAAAGGAGCCAAAGAAGGAUGCUUCUGUCCUGAAAGAGAGCAGAUCAGAUGCCAGUGAAGAGUCAGAAAUUAGUGAACACAUGAAGGAACUACAGCUCUCAGACUCGGCUGCUUCUGACCCCAAGUCCUUCCUUGGCCUGGACUUUGGUUUUCGCAGCCGGAUCUCGGAGCACCUUCUGGAUGUUGCCGUGCUUUCCCCCAUCCGGGGUGGAGCCCGCUGGGAGGCCCAGGGGUUGGGAAGAGAAGACAAGGAUGACAGCCAGUCCAGCCGAGAAGAACUGCAGAGCAAGCAGUCCAAAGGCUCGGAGAGGUUAUCUCCUCCACUUCUGCGUGGGGAGCGGCUCCAGAGUCCCCUUCACAGCCAGGCCACUGAAGAAGGGCCUCCGCUGGCCCCCGAGGGGCAGCCCAAGCGGAAGGGGGCAGAGGAGCCUGGGGAGGACUCUGCAGGCAGCCCCAUCCCACCUGUCUCCCUGCAGAGGGAGGAGACCCCAAGCCCACCUGCCACCCAUGAGAGGGGCAUGGAGCCACACUCCCAGGCGGAGGAGCCCAAGGAGAAGGUGGCGGUCAGCCCCAACCUGCCAAUCUCUCCAGAGGUGCGAUCUGCAGAGCCUGUGGCUCCCCCAAAGCAGCUCUCAGAGGCCACGCUGAAGGCUGUGGAAGAGGCAGUGGCCCAAGAACUCGAGCAAGACCAGAGGCGGCUCCUGGAAUGGAAGCGAGAGAAGAUGCAGCAGCUGCGGGAGAAGCUGUGGCAGGAGGAGGAGGAGGAGAUGCUGCAGCUUCGCCAGCAGAAAGAGAAGGCUCUCAGUUCCCUGAAGGAGCAGCUGCAGAGAGCCACUGAGGAAGAGGAGACUCGGAUGAGAGAAGAGGAAAGCCAGAGGCUGUUGCGGCUCCGGGCCCAGGUCCAGUCCAGCACAGAAGCAGAUGAAGUCCAAAUGCGGGCCGAGCAAGAGGCUUCCCUGCAGAGGCUGAGAGAAGAGUUGGAGUCUCUGCAGAAGGUCGAGAGGGCCAACUUGGAGCAGAGAAACAGGCAGAUGCUGGAGCAGCUCAAGGAAGAGAUGGAGGCUUCAGAGAAGAGAGAGCAGGCUGCCCUGAACGCUGAGAAGGAGCAGGCUUUGCAGCAGCUGAGGGAGCAGCUGGAAGGGGAGAGGAAAGGAGCGGUGGCGGCACUGGAGAGGGAGCACAGAGCUGAGCUGGAACGGCUCUCUUCCUCAUUGGAAGCCAAGCACAGAGAGGUGGUCUCCAGCCUCCAGAAGAAGAUGGAGGAAGCUCAACAGAAAGAGGAGGCCCAGCUGCAGGAGAGCCUUGGGCGGGCGGAGCAGAGAGCUCAUCAGAAAGUUCACCAAGUGCUUGAGUAUGAGCAAGAGCUCAGUGGCCUCCUGAGGGAGAAGCGCCAGGAGGUGGAAAGGGAACACGAGAGGAAGCUGGACAGGAUGAAGGAGGAGCACCGGCAAGCCAUGGCUGAGGCCAGAGAGCAGUAUGAAGCCGAGGAGAGGAAGCAGCGGGCUGAACUCCUGGGGCACCUGACUGGAGAGCUGGAGCGCCUGCGAAGGGCCCACGAGCGAGAAUUGGAGACCAUGAGGCAGGAGCAGGACAGGCAGCUCGAGGACUUGCGGCGUCGGCACCGGGAGCAGGAAAGGAAACUCCAAGAUUUAGAGGUGGAACUUGAAACCAGAACCAAAGAUGUCAAGGCCAGAUUGACUCAGCUGGACAUCCAGGAGGAGACUGCCCGGAAGGAGAAGCAGCAGCUCCUUGAUGUGCAGAGAAAGGUUGCCCUGGAGAGCGAGGAAGCCACAGCCACCCAUCAGCACCUGGAGGAGGCAAAGAAGGAGCACACCCACCUGUUGGAGUCAAACCGGCAGCUCCGAAGAAUUCUCGAUGAGCUUCGGGCCCGCAAGUUAGAGUUGGAGUCCCAGGUGGAUCUGCUGCAGACCCAGAGUCAGAGGCUGCAGAAACGCAUCAGCGACCUGGAGGCUGAAGCUCAGAGGAGGCAGGACACGUUGAAAGAGCUGGCAGUUGAGGAGAGUAAUGCUUCUGCACGUUUUGAGCCAGAUCUCCACAUUGAGGACCUGAGGAAAUCCCUUGGGACAAACCAGACCAAAAAGUUAUCCUCUUCUCUCUCCCAGAGCAAGGAGGAGACCGAGUUGUCCUUGGACAGCGUCCGGCACUACCUCUCUGCUGAGGGGAUAGCCCUCCGUAGUGCCAAGGAGUUCCUGGUGCGGCAGACACGCUCCAUGCGGAGGCGGCAGACGGCUCUGAAAGCCGCCCAGCAGCACUGGCGCCAUGAGCUGGCCAGUGCUCAGGAGGCAGCCAAAGACCCGCCAGGCACCAAGGCCCUGGAAGACAUGCGCAAGGACCUGGAGGAGGAGACCAGGCACCUGGAUGAGAUGAAGUCGGCCAUGCGGAAAGGCCACGACUUGUUGAAGAAGAAAGAGGAGAAGCUGAAUCAGCUCGAGUCCUCUCUCCGGGAAGAGGCUUCAGAUGAGGACACUCUGAGAGGAGUCCCCACCAAGAAGGUGGUGACCUUUGACCUCAGUGACAUGGAAGACACGAGCAGCGAAAGUUCUGAAUCCUGCCCCCUACCUCACAUCACCCCGACCCCAGGUCCCACCUUCCCCAACAAGAUCCACUACUUGAGCAGCUCCCUGCAGCGGAUCAGCAGCCAGCUCAACGGCGUCCUCAGCAUGCUGGGCAGCCUCAGCACUCAGCCACCACCACCGCUUGUCACUUCCGCACCAGUGCAGAUCCCUCCCUGGUCCUCUAGGAGCAUCCCCAUUCCCACCUCCCCCUCCCGGGUCUCAGCCUCCUUCCCUGCUACACCCACGUCCACCCGGUGGGCCUGGGACCCGGGGCUGGGCCCCAGGCUCUCCUCCUCCGUGGCUCAAACAGUGGACGAUUUCCUGGUGGAGAAGUGGCGCAAGUAUUUUCCAACUGGCAUCCCGUUCCUCAGCAGCGGCCCUACCCCCCUGGAGAACAGGCUGGGUUACGUGUCUGCCAGUGAGCAGCUCCGCCUCCUGCAGCGUUCCUCUCUCCAUCCUCAAGUCCCCGAGGCAGGCAGCAACAACUUUCAGGGCAUGAUCGAGGCUAACCGAAAGUGGCUAGAACGUUACAAGAACGACCCCAAGUCACAUCUCUUCUCCUCGAUGCCCAAGCCAACAGCCCCUCUGGGCCUCCUGCAGCUGGGCCUGGAUGAGAACAACAGACUGAAGUUGUAUCAUCACUAUUGAGGCCCAGAGCAGUGGCGUCUGGGGCACCGGCCUCUCCUGCCUCCAGACCAAGUGCCUGAGGAGCUGCCUGCACUUUAUUCCCUCUGCUAAAGCAUUCUCCUGGCCCGCCUUUGCUGCUUUCCCCACUCAGAACUUGGAACCAUGGGGGAUGGGUGAAAAGGAUGGUCCGACUGGAA